AUGUCCACCGGGAUUCUGAAAGUCAAGGGCAACCAGGUAGUCGACAGCAAUGGCGACGAAGUGCUCCUCCGCGGAGCUGCCCUAGGCGGAUGGGCCAACAUGGAGAAUUUCAUCACCGGAUACGCCGGCCACGAGUCCCAGCACCGCACCGCCAUGCGCAAGGUCCUAGGCCCCGAGAAAUACGAGUUCUUCUUCGACCGCUGGAUGGAGUACUUCUUCACCGAAGCCGAUGCCAAAUUCUACGCGAGUCUCGGGCUGAACUGUCUCCGAAUCCCGUUCAAUUUCCGGCACCUGGAGGAUGACAUGAACCCUCGCGUGUUGAAGGAAAGUGGCUUUAAGCAUUUGGAUCGGGUUAUUGAUCUUUGCGCCAAACAAAAGAUCUACACGAUCCUCGACAUGCAUACCACGCCCGGCGGCCAGAACCCCGACUGGCACUCGGACAACCCCACCAACUAUGCCGCCUUCUGGGACUACAAGGAUCACCAGGACCGCACCGUGUGGCUGUGGGAGCAGAUCGCGGCUCGCUAUCGAGCGAAUCCCUGGGUGGCCGGGUAUAAUCCCCUCAAUGAGCCCUGCGAUCCGGCGCAUGUGCGGCUCCCGGCGUUCUAUGAGAGGAUUGAGAAGGCGAUCCGCCAGGUCGAUCCGGAGCAUAUCCUGUGGUUGGAUGGGAAUACCUUCUCCAUGGAGUGGAAGGGGUUCGAUCGCGUGCUGCCGAAUUGUGUUUAUUCCAUGCAUGAUUAUGCGUCCAUGGGCUUCCCAACCGGUCAACGGUACAAGGGCACCCCAGAGCAAAAGGAGUACCUCGAGCGCGCGUACCUCCGCAAAGUCGAGUUCAUGAACCAGCACGGCACCGCCAUCUGGAACGGGGAGUUCGGCCCCGUGUACGAGAAUCCGCGGACGGAGGUCGAGGCCGACGUCAUCAACGAGGAGCGAUAUAACCUCCUCGGCGAGCAGCUGCGCAUCUACGACAAGUACCGGAUUCACUGGUCCAUCUGGCUCUACAAGGAUAUCGGCCUGCAAGGCAUGAUCCACACGAAUUCCGACAGCAGAUGGAACAAGCGCAUCCAGCCGUUCCUGGACAAGAAAAGCCAGCUCUGGCUGGAUGCCUGGGGCCGGGCCCCGUUCCCUGAGCCCGCGGCCGCCCUGAAGCCGCUGGUCGACUGGAUCGAUAAGGUUCAUCCUCGCGCGAAGGAGGCCUACCCGACCCCCUGGGGAACAGAGCGCCAUCUGCUUCGUGCGGUGUUCCAGACGUUCUUGGCUGCGACGUUUGUGGAUGAAUUCGCGGAGUUGUUCCGCGGGUUGGAUGAGAAGGAGUUGGACGAAUUGGCUCAUAGCUUCCAUUUUGAUGAGUGCGUGAAGCGCGAUGGGCUUAAUAGGAUCCUGCGGGAGCAUGCCCAGCUGCCGGUGCAGUGAGCAACGGAUCAUUCCUGUAUAUACUUGCUGCUGCCGAGGGCGUGGCCAUAGCGUUGUAGGCGGUAUUUUAUGGGUUCAGCUUGCGGGGAGAAUGCUAAUUGCCACGCCCAAGUCGCUUUGUGCCGUCACCGCCCGAGGUAUCCUUAUCGAUAAAGUCGGCAGAAAAAAACCCCGCCAUUUUUUCCCACUUGUGCCUGUCCAUCUCUUUCCUUUGCUUUCGUUGACACGGUCGUGCUGGGGAUUUAGGCUCAUCGUGUGCUAGCCUCCUGAUCUUUUGAGAACGCAUAGCAUGCGUCUGUGAUUGAUGAUUGUUGCAUUGUUCGCAUAAUAUCUAGCCACCUGCCAAUGUGAAGAGCCUGCUCUGUUUCUUCCUGAUUAGC